AUGAAGAGUCUGUUGGCUACGAGUGUCCCAAAAUCCCGUCUGGACGCAUACAUCCUUGCGGAGAUCCAGCGGUACCUGGGGUCGUCUGAGUUCGCCCUCGGAAUAAAUGACGUCAUGGACCCCGCUAUGGAAAGGGGGGCGAGGAAGGUCGUCAUGGAAAUCGAGGCGGCCCAGAAGAAAAACGAGGACAUCCAGCCCAUCCUCGACAAAUAUGCGGAUAGGGAAAUGAAGGGGAAGACGUCCGCGGUACGGUUGCGGUGCAAGGCCCGAAAGCACUUUCAGGAUAUGGACUUCGCGCAUCUUCCAAUUAUGCAACAGAUCGCCGGGACUUGCCCCUCUAUCUCGAAGCCCGAGGACAUUCUAAAUAUCUCGGACAGCCCUUCGUUCGUCUUCCAGAUGCUGAGGGGGAUGCAGACGCCUCCAAGCACGCCGCCGGGGCUCGAUGAGGAGCCGGAGAUAGUCGCAUCUGCACCUCCACCCCAAGGGCACAACUCCGGAAGCCGAGGAGGAGGGGGAACCUUGACAGACUCCAACGCCCAUAGCGGAGACAAGGGGAAGGACGCGGCUUCGGACUUCCCCUCUCAGCCCGAGGGAACCUCUCGAGGCGUGCCCGCGACUCCGGGUCAUUGGGAAACGUCCGGGAUUCCCUGGAUCGACUUACAAUUGCCCGAUCCUCAUCAUGACCCGAUGAUCUUUCCACUGUACGCGGCUGUAGAAAGCGCCUUGGUGGAUCCGAACAUCGAUAGGAGGCGGGGACGACUGUCAGGUCUCGAAGGCCAACUAGAAGAGGCUUUGCAAACCUUCAGGGCCUCAGAGCUACACGAGGCACGCAAGGCCGUCAUCGAGGCGAAGGCCAAAAACGACCGGUUGGAUAAGUUAUGGAGGGAUACGGAGGCCUAUUAG